AGUUUGGGGCUUAGACUUGGCAUGUUUUAAUGCCAACACCUAGAACUUUGCUAACUAUUUCCAUGCAUGGUGUUCUCAAAGGUUCUAGUCUUCUGGAUAUUGAUAUGCACUAUGAUUGCUUGAACAGAAGCAUAAGAUAUUGGAAAGAUGAGCUAUCUCUUGGAGGGGAUGCAAAUCAUUACUUCCAGUGGUCAAUGGAUUCCUCAAUCUUUCUCCUAUCAUUGUUUGGUUGAAUAGCAAUAAUUUGCACCACUACCAAGGGAAACAUCUCUUCAAACUAUUUUCAGGAACACUACUGGAUUUUCAUGUCUCUUCUCAUAUUGAGACUUACCGCACUUUAUGAACAUUCACAUUCCAUGUCAACUCAAAAUCAUUUAACUACCUAAAUGGAGGAGAUUCUAGGCAUCUGAACACUUAUCAUGGAUAUCAGUUGUGGUUGCAUGAAUUAUGACAUAUUAUGUUGGACAUUGUGUUCAACAUCCUUGAUGCGCAUCACCUCACAAUAAUUGCAUGCCCACUUAUGGUUGUAGUGGUGCAACUGUUUUGCCUGUUGACCUUCAAAGAGUAAAGUUUGGACUACCAAGAGUUGCACCAUAUCCUAAUCUUCCCACUUGUUUUCAUAUGUUGCUUCCAAUGGCUCUAAGCAUGGGUGUGCGAGAAAGUUGGAAUGCAUACUUUGAAACUCUAGAUUUUCAUGACUACCCAACGGUACAAACUAUGUAACUUCUGUUUGCUUGAAUCUCAACGUUGGUUGCAUAUAAACAGUUAAUUGAGUUCACAAGUCUGCAGUCAUCUUGGAAUACUCAGCGGCAGUCUCAAAUCAUGAUUUUUAAACAAUCAUGUUUUGAGGUCAUUUUCAGAACUGGUACUGGAUGUAGUCGUCAGUUCUACAGAUGACUCGUAAGCAUGCGAUCUUUAUCAACGACAUCUAGGCUCUGCAUUUGUUUUUCUUUGGGUAUUGCAGCAUAAUUUCUCCCAGUGGGAUCUCUAAUCUUUUGCAUCCUAAGGGUCAACAUAUCUUUGCAAGCUAUGAUGUAACUGGGUGUAGGAUGGACUGUAUGAUGUUGGGUUGGCCAUGACUACUUUCAAGUUGUUGUUCUGACACUAUUGGGUUAUGUCAAUGUGAUGCUUGGCUCUCGAUGUGGGCUCUGGGACGGUUCAUGGAAUAUUUAGAGGAUCUUACUCUGAUUGGUUUCGGGCCUGCUGAUUCUGUUAUGAACCAAUUGGUGACCUAAACUGUACAGAUCUCUGCUUAUUUUGUGACUGAACGUACACAUGCUGACCAAUAGGUGACUGUGACAACAUUUGUGUCUCUUUUAUAACUUUCUUAUCUAGUACCUUUGCAGGCAGCCAUGUUCAAAGGGGAAAUUAUACACCUGCAGAAGCCCUGUGAGAUGUUCCUUUGAACUGUAUCAGGGGACCCUGGUGGAACUCAGGCAGGGUCAAAAAAUGCUUACAACAGUAGUCCACUCAAGAUGUGGCUUGUAGGGGCAUCCACCUCUUGUCUGGGAACCCGCGAAGGCAUCUCUCACCCUUUAUCCGGACCCACCAAGGUCAAACUACACUUGUCGUGGCCGAUGGGUCCCACCAUCUCUCCCCCUCCCUUGGCGCUCCAUAAAAGCAGAAGCCCGUUCCCUUUCUCCGCCUCCUCAAGCCCAAGUGCGAAGCCAGCGCCAUGUUCUCUUCCUUCUCCUCCUCCACCACCACCACCAACUCCUAUGGCGAGCCCAGCCUCCAUCACCCCGAAUUCUGCUCCGCCACCUCCCCUCAAGGCCUCUUCCCUGACGCCAAUAGCGCCUUCCCUUCAUCCUCUCCUCCCUGUACGUCCUUCUCCUCUGAAUCGUAUCUCCACGGGGGCGGCGGCACCCACUCGCUUCCCUUCCAUCAUCACUACAUUCCCGACUCCCUCAACCAGCCACUGUACUCAUCGUCGCCGUCCUCCUCCUCCUGCGACUACCUCGACUUCAACGCUGGCCCGGUGAGGCGGGUCCUCAGCACCGGCAACCUCCAGGGGGGCAAUGGCCUGCACGAGAAUUCUAGCCAGGAAGGAGGGGUAGCCGGGAAAGUCGGCCGAUACAGUGCCGAGGAGAGGAAGGAACGAAUCGAGAGGUAUCGGAGCAAACGCAAUCAGAGGAACUUCCACAAGAAGAUCACUUAUGAAUGCAGGAAGACGUUGGCCGACAGCAGGCCGCGAGUGCGGGGCCGUUUCGCGAGGAAUGGUGAGACGGAGACGGAGGCGGCGGUAGAGAUGGAGACGGGCACGGAUACGGGCGCGGCAGCGGUGAACUGCUUCGACAACUACGAGCAAAACCAAUUAGGCGGCAAUGGCAGCGAUUGCUGGAGGCAGUUGCAGGCGGCGUUGGCGAUGGACGACGAAGACGAGUACAGCUACGACGAGGAAUUCCUGGCCAGCUUCUCCGACUUCUACUCCAUGAACACUCUCUAAUGCAACUUCGCUUCCCUUGAUGUCUGUUCCUCUCAGUUUCUUCCCAUUGAUCACACAGCUUUUGUAUCAUGUCGAUGCCACUGUCUUAAACCUCUACAUGAGAGAGCCUUUGGGCAGAGGCAUUGCCUAUUUCAUGCAUGACUCAUGAACAAGGUAAAGACUUACCUGAUCACAUAAGGUGGUAUAUGACGCACAAGAUGAUUUAUUGAAGGAUUAAACCCACGAGAUACGGGAAAAGCCAAUGGAAUAUU